CUACAUGCUCUCACUUAUUGGGGACAUUGCCAUAGUCCACAUAUUUGUCCAACUUCCCAUAGAAUACAUCCUAGCCAUUCAUGGACUUCCCCCCCAGAAACAAGUUUCAGGGCCAGAUUUCUGGUUGUCUCUUGAAAGCUACCAGCAAUCCCUCUCUGGGGUCACCGCUCCCCAUCACUUUGAAAUUCUUCUGUGCCUGCGCAACCUUUGAUGUUUGCAGACUUUGCUUAAGGCUAUUCUCAGGGUGAACCCAAGUGUUCCACAUGAGGAGAUACAGAACAGGUUCGCAUAUAUCAGUGUUCCAACUCUGUCCUCCACCCCGCCACCCCCUCAUACCAAAAGUGCUGUACUUCCUACUGUCAUUCUUUUGUCUACUGCGGUCGACUUCUUGGGAACUCCCGAAACAGCUGCAAAGACUCUGCUCUUCAGAUCCCCACACCUCUGUACCCACCACAACCCUCCAGGACCUGGGACGUGUGCUCUGAUUAGGUGGCCCCCGUGUCUGCUAUGGUGUCCUCUCUAAAGGCCUGGGACAUGCUCCUGCCCCUGCUCUUCCUGCAGUGCGUCCGAUUUGCACAAAGCGCGUCCAGGCGGCACUUCAUGGAACACCAUCACCUAAGUUCAAACAAAGAAUUCAGCACAUACAGAUGUGAGGUCCUCGUGACUGAAAGAGCUCUGAAACCGAAGGCCUCGCACGAAUUUGUUUAUAUGUCAUGGUACAAAGUUGAGCAUAUAUGUAUUAGUAGCAACUGGAAAGACCGCUACAAAAAUUCAUACGUUUGGGCUCAGAUUCCCAUUAAGGUACUCACGUGCCAGUGGGAGAGUUCCAAAAAUAGAUAUGUGGAGAAAAGGAGCUACAACUAUGUUCAGUUCCACUGUAAUGCAGACGGGCAUGUCGACAGCAUAGAAGACAUGAAGGUUCUAGAGCCCAUCUUCUACUAGAAAGCCUCACCAGCUCACCAGCUCUGGAAGAGCAGCUAGUAGUCCUCCAAUGCCAACCCCUGCCCCCACCCUCACCCCUGCAACCUCACCCGCCCACCCUGGGAGCUCACAAUAGCGACUGCCGUUUCCACUUUACAAUUGUAUGUUGGUGUUUUCCAGUCAUGUUGAUUCUUAGUAUUACAGUUGUGCUUAUGUUGCUCUCUGCCUAAGAUAACAUUCCUCCCGUGUUUUGCUAUUCACACCAUUUUUCAUGACUCAGCUCACUCUGUCUCUGUUCCUGGGACAAAGGAUUUGAGAGAAACCAUUCAAGGCAGGAUUUGUUCGCCUCUCAGUCUCAGGGCUCCUGUCUGUGGUCUGCUGGGGAAGAGUCCAGUAGAACACUGUGGUGGGAAAACGGAAGUGCAGAGCUACUCACUUCCUGGAAAGGAGAAAGAGAAGGAAGGGGAAGAGUAUGAAGACAAGAUAUGACAAUUGUGGCUCCAGUGACCUAUCUUCUCUUGCUGGGCCCUCAGCUAUGAAUUCAUCAAUGGAUUAAUCCACUGUCAAAGAAUUUACAGCCUUCGUGACCCAACUGGCAAGUAAGCCUUCAACACGGGCGCCCGUGGGAGGACACUGGGCAGCCAAACCACUGCAGCUUCUCUUUAUGGCUGUCCAGACAGAAUGACCUUCCCUUCCACGGACAGAUCAUCAUUCCACUGUGUGUCACGCAUGUACACGCUAUGUGUGUAGAGCAUAUUUUAUUUGUGUGAGCGACGUCGUUACAUGUAAUAUGAAAUGUGAUUAGAUGUGAACGUCAUACACUGAGGCUCAAGCUGCGUUUUAUGCACGCACAUACACACAUGCGAUAUACCUAUGAGCUGAGGUAGAGGAAAGACUUGACUUGGACAGUGAUUGUGGCGGCAUCUUUAGUUCCACCCGAAUGGACGGUCAGGGCAGAGGGGAACAGAUAACUAACACGUUGAGUCACAGCAGGCGGUCCAGGAAAUUUGU